GUUUUUAUACCAGCCACGUGAUUGAUUGUUGUUGAUUUUUGUUGUUGAAUUCGUAAUUUUUUUUUUUGAAAUUAACAAUUUUCAGAUUUUAAUGCCUCGAUACGCCCAAUUAGUUGUCGGACCAGCCGGCAGUGGCAAAUCAACAUUUAUUGCCUCAAUGCUUACUCAUGCUGAAACAUCAAAACGAUCCAUGUACGCCGUAAAUUUGGAUCCAGCCGCCGAAGUUUUCAAUUAUAAUGCCAUUGCCGAUAUUCGUGAAUUGAUUCAUGUUGAAGAUGUAAUGGAAGAUACAGAUUUGAAUUUCGGUCCAAAUGGUGCAUUAGUCUAUGCAAUGGAAUAUCUGAUGAACAAUCUUGAAUGGUUGACGGAAAAAUUAGGCACCCAAGAAGAUGAUUACGUUCUAUUCGAUACACCUGGCCAAAUUGAAUUAGUAUCACAUUUUGGUUUGAUGAAAACAUUUGCCAAAUAUCUUGAAUCGCUAAAUUUUCGUGUCUGUGUCGUGUUUUUACUGGAUUCACAAUUCAUAUCGGAUAUGUCGAAAUAUUUUAGCUCAUUGAUUAUUUCAUUGAUAACUUUAAUCAAUCUCGAAUUACCUAUGGUAAAUCUAUUGACUAAAAUUGAUAAAUUACCUGAUGAUCAAAAGAAAGCAUUGGAAGAUAUAUUAGAACCAAGUUCCGAUUUACUUAGUGAAGAUUUACCCUGUUUUCAACGUAAUCGUAAUGAACGUUUCUAUCGAUUAAGUCGUGCAUUUGCACAGAUUAUUGAUAAUUAUUCACUGCAUAAAUUCUUACCAAUUUCCGUUCUCGAUGAAGAUCUUAUGAAUGAUGUUCUACUAUCCAUUGAUAAUUGUAUUCAAUGGGGUGAAGAUAUUGAAGUGAGCGGUAUAGAUAUUGAUUCCUAAUAUAUCAUUUUUCUAAUUCCAUCCACAUUUUUGUAUUAUAAUUUUGUCAACAUAUAUUAUAAAUAAAUUGAUUAAUUAAAAUGAAAUUUUUAUUUUUAUUUCAAACA